AAUUUUAAUUUAUGGUAAAACAGUUAAAAGUUCUGUAAACUGCAUUUAACUGCUUAAACUGGCUGAUUUAUCCAAUAAUUCAGUGACUGGGAGCUUAUUUGACACUUUCACAUACAACACCUUGCCAAGCUGUGGAAUCAGCUGAGUUUGUUUUCAUUUUAGGAAUUUUUGUCACGAGUUGCUCCAGCACAAAAUUCCCCCAUCAGCUUAUUAUAGAAGCAACUGGAGGUAUACGAAUAAAAGAAAAUGAACGAAAUCAAGUCUCUGGAGCAUGCUACUUUGAAGGUCCCAUAUGAGGUGUUCAACAAGCGGUACCGCAAUGCACAGCGAGUCCUAGACGUGGAAGCUAGGCAGGUAUCGAGUGCAUGCUCCGAAAUAGACAAUGCCGUGAAGAACCAGAACGUCCCAACUGGAGAAAUUGACUCACUGCUGGGAGGAAUGGUGGAAAAGUUAACAACGAUGAAGCGUAAGGCAUCUGAAGCGAUAAACGAGGAACUGCAGGCAGCUUAUGUGUGCAAGAAACGUCUAGAACAUCUCAAAGAACAUGCUAGUUCACUCUCUGAGACUAGCUCUCCUCAAGUCAGGACGGCAAUGAACCAGUGGCGCAAGGUGCGCCUGGACCGCAUGUUGGUAGACUACUUCCUACGCAACGGGUACUACGAGUCCGCCGCCAAGCUGGCCGAUGCCAGGGAACUGAGAGACCUCACUAAUGUCGAUAUCUACUGCGCGGCGGCGGAGGUCGAAGCCGAGUUGCUGGCGCGUCGCACGGCGCGCGGCCUGCAGUGGUGCGCCGACAACAAGUCUAAACUACGCAAGUUCAACUCCACCAUGGAGUUCAAGAUACGCAUCCAAGAAUUCAUCGAACUAGUCCGCGAGGACAAACGAUUGGAGGCGGUGCGCUACGCCAAGAAGCACUUCUCUACUUACGAGGAAGGCCAACUGGAGGACAUUCAGCACUGCAUGGGAAUGCUCGCUUUCCCGAAAGACACAGACGUGCAGCCAUACCAGUCGCUCCUAGCUGGCGCGCGCUGGACAGCACUAGUGGCGCAAUUCCGCUGGGAGCACGCGCGGCUGCUGCACCCCGCGCGGCUGCCGGCGCUGCCCGUGUGUCUGCAGCUGGGGCUGGCCGCGCUGAAUACUCCUCAGUGCUACAAAGAGAGCACGCGCGUGUCCGCGUGCCCGGCGUGCCAGCCGCCGCUUAACGCGCUCGCGAGGACUUUACCACACGCGCACUGCUCGCAUUCGCGCUUAGUGUGCCGCAUCUCGGGCCGCCCGCUGAACGAACACAACCAGCCGAUGGUGCUGCCUAAUGGACAGGUUUAUGGCGAGAAGGCAAUCAAAGAAAUGGUGAAGCUCGGCUCCAUCGUCUGCCCGAAAACGAAAGAAGUAUUCUCUAUGAAGAGCGUCGAGAAAGUCUAUGUCAUGUAACUAAUAUAUUUUAUACAUGUAAAUAUUAUUAUAGCCAGAACCACCCCGCACUUUUCUAUACUCAGACUUGUAUAGAACAAUCUCAAAGACUACAUAGCACAUUAUAAAAACUUUUAAGGCAAUAAACGUAUUUUUUGUGCCUAAUUAUCUUAUUUUCAUUAAUUCCUAUAAAUGGCCAGUAUUCUUAACACUUUUUAUAAUAAUCUUGUUUUUUAUAAGAAUAAUUAGAUACAACGACAUAUUUUUUUUACAAGAUUCUGUUUUUUAUUUAAUAGCAAUCCCAGCACUAAUUUAUUUUUCGAUAUGAAGAGCUAUGUAGUCUGUUAUUUAUCUUUAUUUACAUAGAUCAAGAUCUUUCCAUUGUAUUUUAUAUAUGACCGAUAUUAUAAUACAUUGUCUUAAUAUUUUUGCGGCGAAGUGGAUUAUAGCCAUAUUAUAUUUACAUUUAAUUUUAAGAUCUGCUCACGAGUCUACUACACAGAGUUAUUUUACCUAAAACUUAUUUUAGUAAUGCCUAUAUUUUAUAUUAUAAUUGGCAUGUCAUGCUAAGAAGGCAGCAUUUAUAAUUUGCAUGCUAUUUCUUGAAAUAUACAAUAGAGAUGUCUCUAUAAAAAUAGGGUAAAAGGUAACGAAGAUACAUACACUGACUUGAUACUAUGAACGGCAAUGGAACUUUGUAAUGUUUUUAACUUUGUAUAUUAUCAUGUUUUAUACUAUAAAUGAAUAAUCUUCAAAGUUGCCAAUUUGUCCAAUGUAAGAUAGCAUUAAAGAUCUCCAUUUUGACUUGAUUUGAACUAAUGCUGUGUUCAAUAUUAUUAUACGAUCAAGUUUAUGUAUUAACUGUUAUCUUUUUUACUCUGUUUUAUGUAGUAGUAGAUUGUAAUGAUAGUUAUAACGUCUCCCUGUAUCAUACUCAUUUACAUGCAAAGAUACAUUGACAAAAUAAAUAUUAAUCUUUUAA